AUGGAUCGGAACGAGAGCGCAAACGAGGGUGGCAGCUCGCCGGACACUGUGAUAGGACGUUCGUCGUCCGAAGAGGAUCGGAACAGGUACGGGUGCAGCACGUCCGGCGAGUACGUGACCGUGGGCGAGAGUAGCUCCAGUUUGGACACCCUGACCAACGCCGCUGGCGCGAACAUCGUCGAGGAGAAGAAGAGGGGAAGAUUCGGCGCGUUGAAGAACAGCUUCCGGAAGGAGGGCGGACUGUUCAAGAUCAAGAAAAAGAACCGAUCUGGCGAGGACGGUGUCCAUCAGACGGAGCCGGAUGUUGACGAAAAAGAAACGUGUCGCAAGAGGAGUCCGCAGGAGGAGGAGGACGAUCGGAAGGCCGGCCCGGUCUCGGCCUUGAAGAAGAAGAAGACGAAGAAGUCGCACCUGUUGGUCCGUAAGCUGAGCCUGAACAAAUUUCGCCUGUCGACGGAACCGGAGCCACGGCACACGCCCGAGGGUGGUGAUAGCAGUCGUUCCCAGAGCCAAUCGUCGCAGGAGUCGCCUAGCCUCUCGGACAGCCCGUCCAGGAUCGCUCGGAAGGGGCAGGAGAACGAGAAGGAAAGGCAUCGCGACACCUACGACGUGGCACGUGACGGGAACGAGAGGGGGGAGCCGAGGAAACCGGAGAAGCUGCUGGAGAAACCGGUGAGCACUGUCACCGUAGUGCAACGCAGGUCGCCGUCGUUGACCAUCAGGAGCUUUUCCAAGAGUCCACACGAUAAGGAGAGUCAAGAGAAGUCAGACUCUCAGGCGGAUCUGCGUUGCAGCUCGACGCUUCCGUACGCGAUCACGAAAUGGCCCGAGCAGAAGAGCGCGAAAUCUGUCGGUGAUUCUGGUCGAAAGUCGAAAUUGACCACGAAAUCGGAAUCCGAGUCUGGUAUACACACGAAAUCGGCGACGCACGAGGUGCGACGGAAAUUGUCGUUGCUGGAGGAGAAAAGGGCGAUCUUUCAACGUCGAUUGUUCGAGACCACGCGUGAUUCCGAUUCCAGCGGGACGGUGGUCGCCGUCGAUCUCGACGACGAGGAGAACAAAGCGUCGAAGGACGAGGAGAAACGGGAAGAGCACACGAAGAAGAAGAAGGCACGGCACAUCAGCGUGAAGAAGUUCGACACGUUCUCGACGUUCGAGGGCACGUUCGACGAGGCGACUGGGGUCGGUUACCUGGCAGGUAUCGAGGAGGAUUACACGGAGAGCUACGAUCGUCAGAACGAACCGUAUCCACCGUACCUGGCCACCAUGGCACCCAUGGUUGGCAGCACCGACACUAUGGAGAAGUCGAAAGUCGUCAGUCAAGACAGCACGUCGUCGCAGAACAAUACGGCGAAUGCCGGAGUAGGCGAGAAACGCGAGCACUUGUAUAAAAUCCUGGUGAUCGGUGAGCUUGGCGCCGGGAAAACGUCCAUCAUCAAGCGAUACGUCCAUCAGUUCUUCUCGCAGCAUUAUCGCGCGACGAUUGGCGUCGACUUCGCCCUGAAAGUGUUAAACUGGGACCCUCACACCAUCAUCAGGCUCCAGUUGUGGGAUAUCGCAGGCCAGGAAAGAUUCGGGAACAUGACCAGGGUGUACUACAAAGAAGCCGUGGGUGCCUUUAUUGUGUUCGACGUGACGAGGAGCGCGACCCUCGACGCGGUGGUGAAGUGGAAACAGGAUCUGGACUCGAAGGUGCAAUUACCUGACGGUUCACCGAUACCCUGCGUCCUCCUGGCGAACAAGUGCGACCAGCAGAGGGAGGGCCUCGUCAAUUCGCCCACGAAAAUGGAGGAGUAUUGCAAAGAGAAGAACUUCGCCGGAUGGUUCGAGACGUCCGCCAAGGAGAACAUUAACAUCGAGGAAGCGGCCAGAUUCCUCGUCAGUAAAAUACUACAAAAUGACCAGUUGAUGAAGGGCAAUGGAUCCCAGGACCAGAUUCCUGCUGACGAAUCGGUAAACCACCGACAACAGGAUCAUCCGGUCCUUUGUCGUCGUCCCCUCGUCGUCGUAUUGCCGUCGGUGCCAUGA